AUGCAGAACGACGGCGCAACCAUUUCGCGUGCGACGUCGAUCUCACGCGCCAGCGCCAAAGGCUCGAAUAUAAGUCGUAACCAGUCCCUAAUCAAGAAGAAUAUUGCACCGAAUGACUUGCGUCCGUCUGAUGUACUCAUUGAACGCUUUGUUGGUUGGAAGGCUAUCGUGAAGCAGCUCAUUGCGUACUUCGAGGGCAUAGCGGAUAUUGAGAACAACAUUGCACGCGAGCUUACCAAGCUUGGUGCUGUUAUUCAAGUACCGUUCAGAACUGGAAACCAGUUCUUGGGUGAAGGUGGAAUACAGGACAUUUACUAUGGCAUCCGCGACAAGACGCGUGCUAUUGCGGACCAACAUGCGAACUUAGGCAAAACCAUUGAUAGUUCCAUCGUUCAACAUUUGCAGAAACUCAGAACUGAAAUUAAGGCUCAUAUCAAGAAGAAUGUUCAAAAUGACACAGGCAAGCUCGCGGCGAAUGUCGCGAAAGAGAGGGAAUUGUCGACACGCCUGGUUGCUGAGCUUGCAAAGAACAUAGCUGUUUUCAAGAACACACCCAUGCAAAUUACAGCCAGGGAUGAUCCAUUCGUUGCAAAUGUAAAUGUUGCGCGCCAGCUCCAGAAACAAGUGCACGAAGAGAACGCACUUCAGAAGUCUAUCAUCAUCAUGCAGCAAAAUUCUGCUCAUUUUGAAGAAGGAAUCGUACGCGCUAUUCAAUCUGCGUGGCAGACUUUUGAUGAGUGGCAGUCUCGCAUGCAAAGUUCUGUGCAAGACGUCUGGCAUGGGCUAGGGACCCAGAUGGCCUCUCUCGCGCCUGACAAAGAAUGGAUCUCGUUCUCCGCUCGUUCUGAUCACCUCAUCGAUCCAGAUACACCACUCCGUAAUCCUGAGACAAUUCUAUAUCCAAGUAAAGAGGACCCAUCAGUCAUUCCGGUUCAUAUGGGCUUCUUGGAACGCAAGAAACGCUUCACACGUACAUAUCGUGAAGCGUAUUACGUGCUAUCUCCUGCGGGGUACUUGCACGAAUACGCGUCAUCCGAUCCGAAAUCGCGGCCGACGCCCGUGUUCUCGCUCUUCUUGCCUGCGUGCACGCUAGGUCCGCCGUCCGCCGCCCGCGGUUCGGAUAAAUCGCACAAAUUCCAUAUUGAGGGACGGAAAGACGGUACCGGAACUCUUGCAGGUGGACUGCGCCUUCCUGGGCGUUCACCUCAUGCUUAUACAUUCCGUGCGAGUAGUCAUGAGGCGAUGAUGGAGUGGUGGAACGAUAUCCGCAUGCUUUGUGCGCGGUACCUUGUGGCGAGUGAGUCCAUGGAGCGCCGCGGUCCUGUUGAGGCGGCCGUGCGUGCUGCUGGGUACGUCAGCGAGGAGGAAGACGAAGUUGAAGAAGGCUCGAGUGUUGAAGAGGAGGAAGAUGAGGAUGGAGAUCUGUAUUUGCCUGCACAAGACAACAUUGAGAACGAAGACGAGGCUGUACCCCCGUCGUAUUCGCAACCACCGAAAGGCUCUUCUCUCGAGUUCGGUCAGAACGGGUAUCUGGUAAGCCUUGUUCCUAUUCUAUUCAUUCAUCCACCCGAGACUCCUUUCAAACAUCAUGUAACUGACUUCAAUCUGUCAAAUAGACUGAAAAGAAGACAGACCCGAAUGCGAGCGGGAAGUCGAACGGAGAAGGCGCGGAUGGUGUUUCGCGCCGACCGAGUAAGCGCCAACAGGAAAAGGCGCCCGAAGGACAGGCACCGCGUGCCGUAA